AUGGAAGAUGAACAUGCCCGUAUAAUCAAAUACUCCAAUUAUAUGGAAUCCCAAGAAGAAGAAGGAGAAGAAGAAGAGGCACUGUCGCUUUGUGACCUUCCACUCAACCACAAUUCGACCAGCCUGGACGACAAGUCGUUCACGAAGAUUCUUCGAUCACAAGAUAACGACGAGUUUUUCAACGGCUUCAGCAGCAGCAGCAGCUCCGACAUGUGCCCCGCAGACGACAUCAUUUUCUGCGGCAAACUCGUACCCUUCAAAGACAAAAACGACAAUCCCCAAAAAAACCUCGUCGUGGAACAAACCAAAUCACUCACCCACCGUCGAAGAUCCGAGUCUCUCUCCUCCGUGACCCGAUCAAACAGUGUCAGCACGUGCACGGGUUCUCGCCACGUCAUUAUGAGGAAUAGCAGGUCCUUGGAUUAUAGCAGGUUACGAGACUCGUCGACGGCGCCGGAAAUUGAUCGGAAUUCUUCGUCCAGGAGCGUUGCGGCGUCGGAGGUUGUGGCUAAGAAGGCAAUGAAGCCACGCUGGUACUCUCUGAUGUUUGGGACAAUGAAGCUCCCGCCGGAGAUGGAGCUCAACGACAUCAAGAACCGGCAGGUUCGCCGGAAUCCAUCAACGACCAUGUUUCCGGCGACGGAUUCCGGCAAGAAGUUGGCAGUGAAUCGGAGCUCCGGCAAGGUGUCGUGGAGAAUACUAAAGGCAUUGAGUUGUAAGGAUCACAGUAGCGUCGCAGUGACGACGUCGUUUCCUUUGCCGCAAGCGUCGUAA